UAACGUUCUAUUCGUUUCAUUAUAAACUGUUACGAACCAUUAUUGUGUAGUUCUUUUAUAAAUUGGGUUGUAUCGAUUGAAAAGGAAAGAUCUGUCUACCUAUUAGAUACGGUUGUCACAUUAAUUGCUAAAACAGGAAAUACUGUUUCAAAUUGAUACUUUCGAUUUGAGUUUUGGUUAAUUAUAUACAUUCCAUAUUUCAAUUUAAACAUUCAUUAGACUGGAUUAGAGGUUCUGUUUGGUUUAUAGUUUUAACUAAAAUGUAUAGAUCUUGUAAAAACAUGUCAAUGUCAGGCGAUGAGAUCCACAACCGACGCUACCUCUCGUGGCGCAAACUCCAAUUGUCCCGAGCCAAGCUAAAGGCCUCCAGCAAGACAUCGGCCCUCCUCUCCGGCUUCGCCAUGGUGGCCAUGGUGGAGCUGCAGCUUCAGCCUCCGAUGGAGAAGAUCUCCGGAGAAGUGCUGGUUGCUUUCGCCGUGAUCACGACCUUGCUAGUAGCAGUCCACAUGCUAGCCCUCAUGAUAAGUACCUGCAUAUUGCCGAACAUAGAAGCUAUAUGUAACUUAGAUUCUAUCAACUUGGUAGAAGAAUCGCCCCACGAGAGACUUCACUGGUACAUAGAGACCGCCUGGGCGUUUUCUACCCUCUUAGGUCUAUUAUUAUUCCUCGCGGAAAUCGCCAUUUUGUGUUGGGUCAAGUUUAUAGAUAUUAACGAAACAGCAGCUUGGUCUGCCACUGUUAUUCUUGUGCCUAUACUUUUUGUAUUUCUGGCAUUCGCUAUACAUUUCUACAGGUCCUUAGUAACGCAUAAAUAUGAAACGACUUUAUCGGGUAUAAGGGAGUUGGAAAUGCUCAAAGACCAAAUCGAAACUGGGACUGUGCAUCGAAAUGGCGGAGGUGUGGGGGAUUUAAUACAAUCCAUCCACGUCGUGUAAACUAGA